AGAGAGGUCGGUGGGCGGGGCUGAGCGACUGUGGAUGACGGCACGGCUCGGUGUGAGUGCGGGGAGGGGGGCAGGACUCAGGCUCCGGGAAGACGCGGACGCGGCUGAGGAUCGCGCAUCUCACUGUCUGUGUAACCUUGCGCUACAGGCCGGGCUCAGCCGCACCUGGGGACGGACAUCUGGGAUCGCCGAGAGAGCAGGUGGGGACCUGUGUGGAACAAAGCUGGGGACGAGCAGCGCCGGAUGGUAAUCCGGUGAGAUGUGAUGGUCACUGGCCCCGCUCUGCACGACGCGGCUCACGGUGGAUGAACAAAAGGGAGGAGGCAGCGAGCGCCGGUGUCCCCGCUCCUCGCACCGACACAUGUUUAAGGCUGGAAACCGGAACAUACCACACUCAUUUUCUCAGUUUGCUCUAAUUAUGAAGUCUCUAGAUGAACCUCCUUUCCUAUCGGUUGGCACAGAUGUCAGUGCUAAAUACAGAGGGGCAUUCUGUGAAGCCAAAAUAAAGGCAACUAAAAGACUUGUUAAAGUUAAGGUAACAUUUCGACGAGAUGCAACAACAGUGGAAGUACAGGAUGAUCAUGUUAAAGGUCCACUGAAGAUCGGAGCUGUAGUAGAAAUAAAAAGUCCAGAUGGAACUUAUCAAGAAGCUGUUAUCAAUAAAUUAACUGAUGCAAGUUGGUACACAGUAGUGUUUGAUGAUGGAGAUGAAAAGACUCUAAGAAGAUCAUCCCUCUGCUUAAAGGGAGAGCGACAUUUUGCAGAGAGUGAAACACUAGACCAGCUGCCACUAACCAAUCCAGAACAUUUUGGAACACCUGUAAUAGGGAAAAAAACUAAUCGUGGAAGAAGAUCGAAUCACAUUCCAGAGGAAGAGUCAUCCACAUCUUCUAGUGAUGAAGAAGAGGAUGAGGAUAAAACUGGCGAUGAAUUACUUGGGAAGGUUGUCUGUUUUUCUGUGAACAUUGGAGACAAAAAGAAAUCUGCUUGGGUUCCAGCACUGGUAGUUUCACCAGACUGCCGUGAUGAUAUAGCAGUAAAAAAAGAUUUCAUUCUGGUACGCUCAUUUAAGGAUGGCAAAUUUUUUUCUGUUGCAAAAAACGAUUUUCGAGAUAUUGAUGACGCCUCCUUUAAAAACGACUGUAUCUUAAAGCCAGUGUUCGACCAUGCCAUGGAAUUUAUAAGAACCAAAACUAUACCUGCUAACUGGAAAGCAGAGUUAAAAGAGGAAAGCUCGAGUUGUGAAACUGAAGAUGAAGAAGAGGAGACGAAGGAUGAUCCAGAAGACAACAGUAGUGAUGAUGAGGAUGAAUUGGAACCGUUUCCUGGUGAAAGUGAAAACUUUUUGCAACAGUUAUACAAAUUUAUGGAAGACAGAGGAACACCAAUUAACAAGAGACCUGUGUUAGGCUACAGAAACUUGAAUCUUUUUAAACUGUUCCGUCUUGUACAUAAACUUGGAGGAUUUAAUAAUAUUGAAAGUGGAGCAGUUUGGAAACAAGUUUAUCAAGACCUUGGAAUUCCCGUCUUAAAUUCAGCUGCUGGGUAUAAUGUCAAAUGUGCUUACAAAAAAUAUUUGUACGGUUUUGAAGAGUACUGUAUUUCCACCAAUAUUGUGUUUCACAUGGACUUGCCAAUGAAAAUGGCAAAAUCAAGUAAAGAGACUGAGCUAGAACAAAAAGAUAUUUUAAAACAGGAAACUGAGAAUGUUAAAGAAGAUUUUGAUUCAAAGAUUGAUGUUUGCAAUGAUAAAGAUACAUCUCUAAUAAAUGAAGAGGAACAUAACCUAGUUAAAGAGGUAGUGGCUCCAUGUCAAAAUGAGAGAGACCUAAAAGAAGAAGAUGAGAACAUUGGUGAGAAACAAAUCAAUACACUGAAAGGAGGAGAAAUUCAUCAAAAACCGAAAGUGGACUUUGUUGAUGAGAAAAAUGAAGAGGUUUGUUUACUGAAAAAGAAUGACGAAGUUGAAGACAGAACUGCUGGGGUUAAGUUGGAAGAUAAUGAAGAGGAGGAAGAGUUUGAAAGCUAUGCUUUAGGCUUGAAAGGCCAUGUACGAUGUGAAAUGGAGGCUUCUCUUUCUUCUAAAAAAUGCAGCCCAGUAAACCAAAGCACACCUCGAUAUGAUGAGUUUAUGAAAGCUGAUAAGAUCAUCAGACCAGCAGAUAAGAGUGUGCCAAAAAUAAAACACAGAAGAAAAAUUAAGAAUAAAAUUGAUACAGAUCACAACAGAUCCAAGAUGGAAAAAGAUGAAAACUGCCCCAAACAAUGCAGACUCUUCUCAAGACCACUAUUCCAGCCUUGUGACCUGGAUAAUGAAUUACCGUUUGAUUCUCCAGAAAGUAAAAACUCUGGUCAAGGUCCCCUGAAACCAUUAGAAAUUACUUCGAUUUUGAAUGGUCUUCAAGCUACUGAAAAUUCUGCAGAUGAAAGUGAAACAGAUCAAAGUUGCCAGAAUUUGAAUAAAGUUGAAAGAGACUUUAAUAUGAGUCAUAUUAAGAGUGACGUGACUUCUACAGCAGAAGGAAAACUUGUUCCAGGAAUGGAAGAAAACUUUUUUAGCUUGAAAGAUAAAAAAAGAGAUACAAAACACUCUGUGAAACAGGAGUCUUCAGAUGAUACAGACUCUGAAUUGGAGACUCCAAGGAGAAAGAAGUUUGUAAAAGACUUUGUAGAUAAGGUAGCCAAAUCACAGUUUAAGUGUGGUAAGAGAAAACUCAUAGAUUGUGGCAAGGCUUUAACGUCCAGUGUAAAAGAUGAAAGUACAAAGUGCAAAGAGACACUUGAUCGAUUUGAUGUUGAUACCAUGACCUCCUCUGAUGAUGAGGAACAUCCCAAACCAAAAUCUUCACUAACUAAAAAAUGUAGUAGUUUGGAUGACAAGAAGAAAGCUUUGCGUGCUCCCAGUUUCUAUACAAGUUUACCAGAUGUACAUGAUAAAAAAACAAAGACCCUGAAUUAUUCUGAAGAAAGGCCCAAAGCCAAAGAUCACAAAGAUGUUUGGUCAAGCAUUCAAGGACAGUGGCCUAAAAAGACAUUAAAAGAACUUUUCUCUGAUUCUGAUACAGAGGGAGCUGCAUCUCCACCUCACAUGCAUCUAGAUGAUGGUUCUCCUGAUUCAGCUGUUCGGCCAAUGAAUGAUGAAACUAGAGAUUUGUCAGCAGAAUUUCUCAAACCGAUAACUGAUGCAAUUGAAUUGAAACCAGUUGAUGAAAAAACAGUUGAAUUUGGUGAGAGAAAAGAGUUCCCCAGUAGUGGCAGCAAUUCUGUUCUGAAUACACCUCCCACAACACCAGAGUCCACUUCAUUUUUAAGUGAGUAUAGGAGGCCGCAAUCAACACUUGAGAGUUUGGAAAAUGUGGAACCAAAUCGGGAAGAAGUUGAAAGUAUGAAGAGUGAGACAAAUAGCACAAUUGAAGUGGAUAGUGUUACUUGUGAACUACAAGACCUCCAGUUUGAAGGAAAUCUUUCUCCUACAGGAUUUGAUGCUAGCAUCAGUUCCAGUAGUAGUAACCACCUGGAAACUGAGAGUAAAGAUAAAGGUCAGAAAAGACAUUUAGAUGAUGAUGGUGACCAUUUUGAAAACUGCACAGUGAAAAAAGUAAAGCGAAACCACAAAUCAUCUGUGAAUCACAAGAGGAAAACUACUAAUACCAGUGAUAGUGAGGAGCUUUCUGGUGGUGAGAGCCUUUCAAAGCUUCAGUCUUCACAGUCGUAUUCUGGUGUAACAUCAAAACAUACCAAAAUGUUGUCUGGAAUGUCGUCUCCGGGAAAAUAUGUGAAAAGCAAAGAGAGAGAGUCAUUUCAGAAGGAAUAUAAUGAUCGGUUACCUAAAGUGUAUGAGUGGAGUUUUCAACUGUCGGACCUUGAAAAUAUGACAAGUGUAGAACGCAUUACAUUUCUUCAGGAAAAACUUCAAGAACUUCGGAAACACUACCUUUCAUUAAAAUCCGAAGUAGCUUCCAUUGAUAGACGAAAGAAACAUUCUAAGAAGAAGGAAAGGGAAAGUGCAGUUCUGUCCACUAUGUCUUCAUCACCAUCCUCAAGUUCCAUCACUGCAGCUGUUAUGUUGACGUUAUCAGAGCCAUCACUGUCAACCUCAACACAAAAUGCAAUGGCAGUUGAGUGCAGGUGACAGAGGGACUUCUCUAUGCACGCUGAACUUACUACAACUUGUUGAGGCCAUGGACUUAUUUUUAUACUGCACAGCAACGCAAGAACAGACAGGCACUAUUUUCUAUUGCAUUUUUGAUGUGUUGUCCAUGCACUUAAGUGCACUUUUUAUAAAGUAGAAGUAAACUGCUUUUCUUCAAGCAAUAACUGUUUCCAACUAGUCUGGGAGUUCUGUUUUUGCUCCUGAUGCCUUCCACUGUGGGAGCAGGAGGCUAUUACUGCAGGUUAUUUGAAGGUUAUGCAGUAAAUAUAUUAAGGGUCCUUUACAAAGUGCGGUGCAAGCAAAUUGUCAAACAGUUGUGUACGUGAACAGAUGAUGAUAACGUUGCAUUUGCGUGCAUAAUGGAUUCUGUUGCAUCGAACACACCAAUAGCUGCACUCACACACUGAACUAGGAUGUUUGAUGGGUGCUAUUAUUUACUGCAAGGGCAAUGCUUGUGCUCAGAGUGUAAAAGGUUGUUCCAAAGUAUGUUCUUUCCGUUCUGCACAGCACAAACUGGGUCAUUUGAGAUGUCAGUUAUACUCUUUCUUUUCCAUAAUUCCACACGAGGAUAUACUAUAGAAAUACAGAAACAGUGUAAAUUGAUACAUUUUCUUCUUCCUCAUUUUUAAUAAAAUAAUCAUUUAACAUAGACCACUAUAAUAGUCACAAUAAAUGGCAGGCGUUGGGUAAUUGUGAACGAGACAGGGUAGUGCUCCAGUUUACUGAAGUAUAAAACUGUGACUACACAUUGACAUAGAAAUAUUUAAGCUGCACCAUAGACUGAAGAGUGCUGCACUUAGUAAAUGACCCUAAUUGUGUUGUGUUGUGUUCUUUCGUUUUUGUUUUAUAUAUUACUCUAUAACAGAAGCUGUUGGAUUUAAAUUGUCAUUUCUUUGUUGGUUAACAAAAACAAACAAGCUUUCAUAUUUGCAGAUGUCAUUUGGUUGACUUUAACUAAAGCACAGAUUGAUUGAUUGGUUUUAAGAUUAGUAAUACAAUUUGUGUCCUACUCUCUUGAUGAAACUCAACUCAUGUUUACAUAUUGUAUGAGCUGAAGCAGUUUUUUAGUGUGUGUUACAAAUUUAAGUUUCUACAUGUGGCUUUCAUAACAUGUAGUGCAAAUAUCCAUAUUCAGUAUAUAAACAUGAUUGCUUUUUUGUGAGAAAAACGUGAUGGGUUACAGUGCUGUACAGAGGUUUAUACCAUAAUAGUAGACAUGCUGUCUGCGUUACAAUUCUUUUUAAUGCCUUUGAUUUUAAACUCUAAACAAAAACAAAACAAAAAAUUGACUUUUUACAGGUUUUUUUUUUUUUUACACAAAAAAUAACUAAAAAUUAUUUGUGGAAGAAAAUGCCUGCGUAUAUGAUAGACCUUUCGGAUAGAAUAUUUGAUAAAUGUUAAAAUGGCUACCCCCAUGUAAUUUGUGACUUUGGCAGGCAUUUGAGUAGUACAUUGCUUGGAAUUAUAAUUAAAGCUAUUAAAUUAAUUGCAGUGUUAAUACAGAAUAACCAUUAUAUUAUUUUAUGGUUUUAAUUAUGACUAUAACAAUGCAUCUUCAAAUUAAGUUGGUAUGUUAUUUUUCUUUUCACAUUGUAGUAAAAUGUUUGUUUUUUCUAGACAUUUUAGUGUUGGCCUUUUACAUUUGUUCCUUUUUUUUUAAGACAUGUUUCAUUUUCAAAAACUGAUUUGGUUGGACCAUAAGUGUUUUGGCUAAAUGCUAUUUAGCUUAUCACAAGGCAUACAAUAUUUAUUGAGUCCUAUAGGUGGUGAACAAUGUAUUAUAUUGUAAAAAAAAAUGUAAGAAUAAGCCUGUGAAAUAAAAUGCCAUAGUUUGUGAAUAUA